UUAUUAUAAAUAGAAUAUCUUAACUACAUAGAAGUAACUAAAAUUUAUGAUUAUUUUCUUAAACAACAAUAAUUUACCAACUGCUGUAUUUCUACAAACUAUUUUAUGCAGGUAACAUCAGAGGAAGCUAGAAGUCUAACUUCAGAGGAAAGAGAAACUUCUGAUGUGUUUCAGAGCGCUGCAAACGUAUCGACUAGACAGUUCCAUAGACUCCCAGAAGAAAUUGUUAAAAAAGUUGUUGCUAAACUUGACUACCAUAAUCCUAAACCAAAACGCGGCCAUUUUAAACGAUUCUUUAAGAAAACAACGAGAAAGAAGACUACUGACAAAAUACCGAGUGAUGUAACAUGUAUGUGGGAUUAUGCAGGCCAAAUCUCAUAUUAUAUAACUCACAGGUUUUUCUUGACAGAUGGAUCGUCAUAUGUCGUUGUUUUUAGUUUGUUUGACCCUUUGAAUGAAUUGGCAAAAUCAAGAGGUCCACUGAAAGAUCAGUUUGAAAUGACUAAUCUCCAAAUGAUUAUUUUCUGGAUACGGUCAAUAUAUGAGCACGCUGUACUACAAUAUAAUCCAAGUACGAAAUUGAUAAAUGACACGAUAGCCUCACCCACAAUCAGUUUGGUUGGCACUCACAAAGACAAAUUAGAGGGAAGUGAGGAGGAUAAACAGAAUCAGAUUGAAGCAAUAUUCAAAAUAAUAUUUGAAGUAAUCAAAGGGAUGCCAUUCGAAGUUCACGUAGAUAGAACGAUGUAUGCUGUAGAUAAUACAUCAGCAAAUGACAAAGGGAUUGAAAAAUUGAAGAAAAAUCUCGGAGGUUACACAAAGCAAAUGGCACAAACAGUUCCCACAAAAUGGGUUGAUUUCCAGUCGAAAAUCCAAGAAGUUGGGAAAACAACACUGCGCAUGUCCUUAGACGAGGUCACUGAGAUUGCUGUCAAUUGUGGAAUUCCAAACGAAAACACCAUCCACAUUCUCAACUAUUUAAAUGAUUGCGGAAUCAUUAUGUAUUCGCCAACUAACAUGAAGUUGAAGAACACUGUGAUUACUAACGUGCACAUGUUGAUUGAAAUAUUCACGAAAGUAAUCACAACAGAAGAUCAGAGACCCGCAAUGAUGAAGUUAUGGAAUCUGCUUGAUAAAGGCAUUCUGAGUGAGACAUUGCUACGUCAUCUGUGGAAAAAUGAGUUGGAGGAAGACGCUAGCAGCUUUGAUAUUUUAGUAGAAUUGAUGAAGGUUUUUGGACUGCUCUUUGAGAAGCAAACGCUUGAAAUAACGCAUCGGAUUGUAGUAGAUGCAAAUGAUAAACAAGUAAUAUCAGAACCACACCCGAGUGUAUGCAUGGAGGUAUUAAACUACCUGAAGCAUCAACUGAAGACUGUGUAUGGUACAACAGAAGGGAUUGGCUACAAGUUACGCGUCUUGUGCAGCGUAUGUCAACCAACACAGCAACCUCAUCUGCAUGAUCUUGAGGAUUGUCUGAAAAAAGAUAAGGUUUCUUGUGGAAAGAUGUCAAUGCAGAAUUUUCGUUUCAAAAGACUUUUUUCAAUAGAAUUUGUCGAAGAGAUCAAGAAUUUUCAGGCCGUUCAGUCAUUGAUUAUUGAACUUGGAACGAGGAAGAUGAAGGAAUUCUUCUUAAAAACAACACAUCAAACGAACUCCUCAUCUGUUGUCAAAUUCUUGAAGAAGGAGAAAGAAAACGGAAGCUUUGCAAGUAUGGCGUAUUUCCAAGGUCAAGAUAAGGUGUUCUCAUCAGAUGCAGACAUCAAUACUUUUGACAUUGAAAUCCUGAUGACAUUGAUUCGUUACUGUUGUAGAGUCACGUAUCCCGAUGACGACUGGGAACAACCGGAUAAAAUAGAUAAUCCCGAACUUGCAAAUCUUAUCCGCAUCCAACAGUAUAAAAACACUAAAUUAGAUCGGAAUACAAGUUGUAAAAUACCAGCCAAAGAUUUUGAUGAGGAGUGGAAAGAAGUAAAAGAAAUUCUCUUGGAUCUUGGUGUUCCCUCCAACGACAUCGAAGACAUUCGCCUUAGAGAAGGCUUUGAUAAGACUGCCAUUCAAGAAAUACAGAACUUCCAAACGAUCAUGUUACUUGUUGUUGGCCUCGGUACGGAUGUGAUGAGGAAGUACUUUCUACGAGUUCACAAUCUGAAAGAGGGAGAUGUUGGGCAGUUUCUGAUGAGUAUGAAAAGUAGAUUUACAAAAGAAGCAAGGUUGUUUAGAGACCAGAAGAACAAAAUGUUUACACCAAAUGCAGACAUUAAUGACUUUGAUAUUUCAAUCAUGAUCAAAAUCAUUCGCUUCUGCCACUGCGGCAAUCCACUUCCAGAUUCGUUUUGGUCACAACCAGAUGAAACGCUUGACAGCGAACUUACAAAUUUUGUUCGUAUCCAGCAAUUUAGAAAUACAAAGUUUGCCCACACAGCGAGUCCAAGGAUGUCAACAAAGGAGUUUGAUGUUGAAUGGAAGAAUCUGACGUCCAUAUUCCAAGGAGUUGGAGUUUCAAUGGAAGAUAUUGAUCAAUAUAAACGAAUUCGAUUAUCAAUCUAACUUGAAUAAUGCCAACCAUCUGCUUUGACACUUUACUGCACAAGCUUGGAUUUGAUUUUCUGUAUGUCACUUAGAACUAAAUGUAAAUAUAUAUAAACUAAUGUAUAUAAUACGAAGUACAUAUGUUUUUCUAUAUAACUCAAAUUUAUCUUCUGUAAUUUCGACCCCAAGAUAUGAACACCCAUUAUAUGGAUGGUGUCACCGGUUCUAUAGACCAAAAUUUAUUGAAAGCGGCCAAGCCGUUUGCCAAUAGUAACGGUAGCGUUUCCAAUUCUUGCAAGCAAUAUAUAAUAAUAAUAAUAA